AGAGAGAGAGAGAGAGAGAGAGAGAGAGAGAGAAGAGUUCGACAAGUUCAUAGGCGACCAGGGGCGACCACCGGCGAUCAGAGGCGACCAGGGGCCACACCGGCGACCACCACCACUGGCUCCAGUCCCUUCGCGAAAAUCGACCAACCACCGGGAAGGGAAUGGGUUUUUGGACGUUACUAGAAGGUUGUCUGCUUCUUGCUAACGCAUUUGCAAUAUUAAAUGAGGAGCGCUUCCUUGUGCCAAGAGGGUGGAGCUUCCAAGAAUUUUCUGGGGUGAGAAGAAAUUCGAUGAAGGGGCAGCUGAUAGGUCUUAUUUAUGCGGUCCAGUACAUGAGAAUUCCUCUUAUGGCUGCCAACAUCGUUGUCAUUGCUUUGAAGAUAGUUACUGGGUGAUUUUCCAUGGUGUGUCAUAGCCGACGACAACAAAGUUAUUUUCCUUUUGGGAAGGCGUUUAUUGAAUUUAGUCUAGAUCUCGUUGUCUCUACUUGUGAUGUCACGAAAAGCACAAAUCUUUAUCAUUUCAAGUUCAUGUGGAAGGUAAUUGGUUAUGAAGCUAUAAUGUUUUGAUUGUGGAAUAGAUUGAGUUUGUGGUGGUGAUAUUUCAUGUUUUCAUAAUGUUGGUUUUCCAAAAA